CACCUUUAUCUCUAGCAAAGCCUCAGACACCUUAGACUCCCGCCUCGGGGUGGGGGUGGGGCCUGAGCCUGCUCCUGUGGAGUCUGGGACAGGUUCCUCACAGCUGCCAGUGCAGGGGUGGGGUCUGCUCCCUGGUUUCCUUCUCAGCUUCACAUAGACUGUCUAAGAGGACAAAUCCAUCUUCAGGGAGCCAGGAAGGGCUUCAGGCCCUGUCUCCUCUUCCUUGUGCAUCUGAGGAAAGGUGGCUCAGCAGGGCCAGGUAACCCCCCAGGUAACACGGGCACAACCGACCCGGGACCAAGGCUUUGGUGCUAUCUGUGGAGCAGCAGGUUAGCACCCAGAGUUGACCCAGCCUUAGAUGGGGACCACCAAGUGUGUCAGUGCCUCCCCCUUGACCCUGGCAGUGAGGGACUGGGCUGGCCCCUGGAGAGGGAUGGAGGAUGGAGGAGACAUGCUGAGGCACCCUCCCCCCGCAGUCCCUGGAAGUCCCCACUCUGAGAAGCAGGGCCCGAGUCCUCCCAACUUUCCAAGGCAACUCCUUAGUGGUUAAUAAUUAAUUGUAAGUGUGACUAAUUAAUGGCUUCCCCUCCCACAUGACCUCCUCUCUUUGUCCAAAAAGGCUCCGGGUGCCAGCUGAGACUGCUCUCGGCUUCCUAGCUCCUCCUGGGGCCUGCAGGCUGAGGGUCCCUUCCCCUUUAGGGUUGCUGGGAAGGUAAGAGGAUGCCUAGCUCUGGAGGAGGGCUGAGCUACCUGCUCCUUUGUCCUGGGAGGGAUGGACAGUACAGAGCUAACAGUCACCCUAAGUUCCCUGGGUACCCAGAAUUUAUGGCCAAUCUCUUUCUUUGAUAUGUUUGUAAAGGCCCCACAUAAUCUUUUUUUUUUUUUUCCUAUCAUACAUUCUCUAGACUUUCUUGGAAAAUUGAAAUUCCAAAGUGCAAGGUACACAUUGUUUUCAGGGUUCUGGUUUUAAUUGUUGCUGCUCAUGGCACACUGAUAAGCGGUGUUGUUUGCACAGGUCUAUAAACAUAGGUCCAUUGUUCCUGCUCUUUCUGUCUCUGGAUAGGCAGAGGUUCAGCAGUCCCCUUGGCUUGCUGUGUGGUCAGCUUCCCCAAGGCCUCUUUCUGUCCUGUCGGCUCCCCCCCGUGGGGGGAAGGGGAGCUUACCUCCUUCCCUGUGCUCUCAAGAGGCUGGCAGGAUAAGUUCCCGACAGAAACUCGGAAGGACUUUUGGACUCUUGCUCAACGGGCUGACUCAGUGAGGAGGUGGCCCGCCUCUCCUUCCAGAUCCUGCCUGGGCUCCACCCUCCCUCCCCACCCCUGCUCCAGCCAGCAGCUGCCAGACUCUGGCCAGAUGGGACCUGGAGUAGGGGGUGUGGAUUUGGUGAGGGCACAGGUGACGACUGGUGCCCCGCUGGGUGACAUACAACUGGGAUUGCACUCCUACCACUCAAGUGCUGUUGAGCUGCCCCUGCCCCCCAGAGGGUAGAGGAGCAGGUGGCCUUCCUGGGCUUGGGUCACCUCUCUGUCACUGCCCCCACCCCCAGGUCCUGACAAUUCAUGCCUGCCCUGGCUGUGGGUUAUAGGGCACCUGGGCUGACUCCCCUUAAGAAAUCUCCUAGGUGGAGUUGGUGGCUCAGGAAUCAUGUCAGGGCUUUGGACAGCUCUGUCAUAGAGUAGCUGCACCUGCUUACACACAGACCUGGGUGACCUGGGCUUUGGGGCCCCCAGACCAGCUUUGGCCAGGUGUCCAGUAUCCAACUACUUCCUGAAGUGCCCUCACCCACUGGGGCAGUGAGUGGGACAUGCCUCAUGCCUUCCAGGUUCUUGGGCUGAGGACAGCGAUGCCCAUGAAGAUAUCGACUCCCCUCCUCCUUUCCUUCCUCUUUACUUUGUCAUCCCAUCCCAUCUUCCUUGUGCCCUCCAUUUUAUCAUCUCUCUGGAAAGAGGCCCAAUGGGGAGCAAGGCUGACCUCCAGAGAGCCUUCAGUGUGCCCCGACCUGAUCACUUCUGUCUUCAAGCAUCUAUUCCUGAGCUCUUUUUGGAACCAAAGGGAUUUAUUUAGGGCUUUUUUGGUUAUUGUUCUCUUUUCUCUUAAAAGCUGGGGGAAUUCCAGGCUACCUACACAUCCUGUCCCAGGCCACGACUGGUGUUGCUCCUCCCUACUUUGUGCCCCCUCCUCCCAGAAAUCCACCAUGGAGAGUAAGGAUGAGGUCAGCGACACUGAUAGUGGCAUCAUCCUGCAGUCUGGCCCAGACAGCCCGGUCUCCCCAAUGAAGGAGCUGACCCAUGCCAUGCGCAAGCAGCAGAGGGCCCUGGAGGCGCGGCUGGAGGCCUGCCUGGAGGAGCUGCGGAGGCUCUGCCUUCGGGAGGCGGAGCUGACAGGCACCUUGCCAGCAGAAUAUCCCCUCAAACCUGGGGAAAAGGCCCCCAAGGUGCGCCGCAGGAUUGGAGCAGCCUACAAGCUGGAUGAGCGGGCCUUGCACCGAGAGGACCCCCUGAGCAGCCUAGAGCGCCAGCUGGCCCUGCAACUGCAGAUCACUGAGGCAGCGCGGCGGCUGUGCCUGGAGGAGAACCUCAGCAGGCAGGCCCGCCGGCAGCGGAAGCACAUGGCCCUGCAGGAGGAGAAGAAGCUGCGGGAGCUCCAGCACCACCUGGGCGAGAGGCGCAACAGCCAGCCUGCUCCUGCCAGUGUUCCCCCUCUGGGCCGAGAGCUCAGUGCCUCAGAUGACAGCUCCCUGUCUGAUGGGCUACUCCUAGAGGAAGAGGACUCCCAAGUGCCAAAACCUCCCCCAGAGUCCCCAGCCCUGCCUUCCCGGCCUCUCCCACCGCAGAGCCUGGAGGGACUGCAACCAGCAGGUUCUGAGCCUGGGGGCCUGGAGCGGGCUCCGAUCCAGAACAGCCCUUGGAAGGAGACCAGCCUCGACCACCCCUAUGAGAAGCCUAGGAAGUCUUCUGAGCCCAGCAGUGAGUCCAGCAGCCCAGCCACCACGCCUCAGGACGGGCCUACUGCCUCCAGCCCCUGGCAGCUGGAGCCUGCCUCCUACACUGUGGUCCCCCUCCGCAGUGUUCCUGGCCAGAGGCAGGGCCGCAUCAGUGCUCCAGCCACCCCUGAGAUGCAGGGGAGGAGGGGCCAGUCGCAGUCUCUGAGGGUGGAUUCCUUCCGCGCAGGUGCAGAGGGCCGAGGUCGCAGCGCCUUUCCUCGCCGCCGCCCCACUCACUACACCGUGACGGUGCCGGAUUCCUGCUUCUCCCCCAGCAAGCCCCCGCUGCCCCACCCCGCCUGUCACUCCUGCUCCGAAGACAGUGGCUCUGAUGUCUCCAGCGUCUCCCACCCCGCCUCUCUGGGCAGCAGCAGCCCUGACAUCUUUGUUAGGCCUCUCUGUCUACCUGAGCCACCCCGCCACCACGGGUGGGGCCCGGCCUGUGGCAGAGAGCUGGCCACCCACUACCCCAAGCUGCUGCUGCCCCCUGGCUACUUGGCGGCAGGGCGGUAUGUGAUGGUGACCGAGGGCCACCUGCCGCCGGGCGAGUGGGAGCUGUGUCGCGUCGCCCUGGGGCCUGCUUACGAGGAGGAGGGCGCGCCGCUGCGCUACCAGCGCCUGGUGCCCUCCCACAGCCGCAUCGUGCGCACGCCCUCCCUGAAGGACAGCCCCGCAGGCCGCGGGCUCAGCAAGGCCGCCGUCUCCGAGGAGCUCAAGUCGUGGCACGAGCGGGCUCGCCUCCGGAGCAGUCGCCCCCAGUCGCUAGACCGCCAAGGGGCUUUCCGGGUCCGGAGCCUGCCCCCCGGGAGAGAGGGCUUCGGGCGAGCCCUGGGGCCCCGGGCACAGGCGCCCACAGUAUGUGUGCUCCGGAGAUCACCUGAGGGGGCCCCUGUGCAAGUCUUCGUCCCUGAGAAUGGAGAGAUCAUCAGCCAGGUGUAGCUGUGCUCUGAAUGCCUCGCCACCGCUGGAAAAGACUUUUUCUGUGGUGGAGCUGGGGCUGUGACCCCUCACCCUUGAGUACCUCCUCCAGCUCCCCACCCCCAUCGCAGGCCGAUGACCUGGAGCUGAGACCUUUCUUUUUUUACACAAGUUUUUUCAGAAGCUCUGACCUAAGGAUUUAUAUCUGUGAUUUGUCAUCAAGGUCCCUGUAAUAUGAUGAUGCUUUAGUCCCCAUAGUCUAGCCUCUUGGACUUAAGACCUUGCCUGUCUGCUGAUAGAAUUUGUCUCCUCAUGCAAGACAAGUGGCAGAGAGGGCCACUUUGGGGAGUCCUCAAAUGAUCUGUGCCCUGUUUCUGAGAAGAAACAGUUCCUGGCCCUCCUAUUUCCUUAUCGCUGGAGGCUGGACACGGCACAGGCUUGUGUACAGGACUUUCCCUGGUUUUCCAGGUCUCUGGGUACCAUAAACUGGGAGACUCCUUCUCCCUUUAUAAUGUGCUCUGUGAUGCACACCGAAUGGCCGGUGAAAGGUCGGUAUAUCCUGAUGGAGUUUUGUCUUCCUGGAUCCUGCAAUUUUCCUGACCCCAUAAAUCUCCUUUAGGGACCCCAGUCACUAUCCUCACUUUAUGCCCUUGGCUCCCUGACCUCUGAGCCUUAAAUUUGAGGCUGUAUCAGAUUGUAGCAUGAGAGGUGAGGCUGGGGGCUGGCCUGCUCUGGUGGUUGGUGAGGACCAGCUCACCCCGGAACAAUCACUCCUGGACAUCAACAGAGGUGGUCUCCCACUCCUCCCUCUCUCAUCUUUUCAAUAUAGUCCCAGAAACCAAUACCUGUUUACAAAUCUUUAUGGAAAGACACCACUUUGGGGGCACAUUCAGGACCAGGCAGCUUUGCUUCUGUUCUGGGAAAGUCUCUGUACACACACGGGAGAUGCUAGAUUGUUGAGAGAAUGUUGAUAAAUUGUCCCAGUUGCUGAGACAGAGAGAUCCUGGUAGCUGCCUGAGCUUAAGACCACUGACAGUCCCUGAGUUCUCGUCCGAGGGCCUCCUUUGCUGCCUGGUUGGAUACCCAGGUACACAUCUUGCCUCAAUAAGACAGAAACUGGAAGGGGGAGGGGCAGAGGAGCUGCAUUUCUGUUUCUCCUGCGCAGAAUGCUCCCCCGCGAGUUCCCUGGCUUGGAACAGGGACUGUGAUUAUAGCAAAAGACUCCAAGAACUUUGAUGCCCAACCCCAAAGGUGCAGUUCCCCCACGGGAGAAAGUGGUGUAGCAGAUUACACGAGGGUGCUGAGGUGCUUAGGGACAAACGAGGAUGGCCGUCAUAGGAAUGUGGGGAAACACACAAAGCAGUUCUUCCUGUGCUCUUAGCGCAUCCUGCUGUUGUCCCUACCUUGGGGUCCACUUUCCCCCAUUAUGUUUGAAUGCCCUACGUUGGCUUGUCCCUAGCCCCUUUCUCCAGUGUAUAGCUUACCCCCCCUCCCCUGCACCUCCCUGUGUCUUCCCUGAAGCCUUGAGCUUCCCAGGCUGAGCUAGGAGACCUCUGAGCAUCCUUGAUAGUAACUUAUUGGUCCUUCAUAAAACCUCUGGUGCAGUGCAAAGUGGCCUGUCCUCUGCUGCAGGGCUGGAACUGUAUGGGUCUUAGUGCCAAAUACAUCAAUAAAGUCUGUGCUUUGUGAUUGGCUCAACUGA